UUAUGUGAAAUGAUUUAAAAUAGUUCAUGCACAAUAUUAUUAAACAUACAUAUAUCAUAAUUAAAGAUUUUUUUCAUCAUUAAUAUUAGAUAAGCAUACUAUACAUUGUUUUCAAACUUUAUUUAAAUAUACAAAAUACUUUAUUAAGAAGCAUCGCAUCAACAAAUAUUUCUAGAAUUGCUAACAUAGGUAACAAAUUAACAUAAAUUCCUGUGUGUUUGUUUAGUUAGUGUUGACUACAAGCAAAAACAUAUCCAUUUCCUUGAUAAUGGCCACGAGAAAUGAUAAAAUUUCAUGAAUACCGCACGUCUCUUCGGCUUUCAACACAAGCUGGAAUUUAAUCAAUGUUCCACCCCAUCUUUCUCACCCCUUGAAAAAAUUCUUUACAAAUUCUUGAGUAACAAAACAUCGUAUUUAUCAAUAUUUUACAAGUCGAAGCAAUUUUAAAGAAGUGAGACUUCCGGAAAAAUAGUGUCCAUGAAAUUUUGUGCUAAGAAACCGAAAUGAACAUUUGAUGCAAUUAGAUAUAUGAGAAUAAAUAUGAAGAUAUUCUCAAUUAAUAAUAUAAUAGCAUAAUAUAGUACACACAGAUGUAAUUAUUGUAAUAAUGUUAAGAUUUGUAUUCAAUCAAUUUUUUUACAAAAAGUAAAAGAAAAUUCUGACUAUAAUUCUCGAUUACACCACUAAAUGUUCGUAUCUAUUUAUUUAUAGCAAAUGUGAUAUUUAAGCAACUAUUUUGAAGUAUUUUCAAGUAUCAAUAUUUAUUAAUAACUAUUUGUGUUGUACGAUAAAUUCGAUUUACUUUGCUUUUCAUUUCGCGAAAAGAUUAUCUGUAAAAUCUUUUAAUAAAAAAUUUACAGAUUGGUAUUUGUUUCGUAUUUAUAAAUAAUUUUAUAUGUAAACAGAAUUGUUAUAGAACUUUGUGUUUCUAGUAAAAACUCAUUUUAGAAAUAAUUUUUUACCCUUCAAGAAUUUUUUCUUCCUCUCGUUGUCCCGACAAUUAUGUUCUACCUAUACAUAGGGUACGCUCAAUUAUACACACGAAUAGUUAAGUCAUGUUCGAGCAAAUCGAAUGAUACACCCCGAUGGACAUAGUUCGAUCACCUGCAGCAGUGAAACAAUAUUUGCGAGCAAUGUACCCCCGUUUCCGGCAAUUUAUAAGAUAGCAUAUCGCUAUUUAGAUAUGAAGGACCUCUGGAGAGGAGAAGUAACUCACAAACGCAGCUUGCCGCGAGAACAAGGAGAUUGUACUUUGAACAAAUAUUCGAGUCGAUUGAAUCCAGAAGCUUUCGAGUUUGCGAACGAUAGAACGACGAUUCAAGGAGAAAGCUUGUUGCACUCUUUAGAAAAAGAGAGUCUCGAAGGAGAUUCUAGCCAGCAGCCUAUAUCGACGAUCCUUGAACAUUAUCGACUGAACCAAGAAAUGGAACCGAUUGUCGGCAGUUACCAACACGAGUGUAACGAAAAUCUCGACGUAUAUUUCAAGGCUGUGGGUAUGUUGAAACCAGCGAGUCAAAAUGAUUGCAGUACACCAUACGAUGGCAGCAAAAAUAAAUACGAUCUAUGAAAGAAGAAACGCGACGUUUGGUCUCGAUUUUGAACCCCAGUUUCCGUUUCGGAGACUAAAAAUCGCACAAGGUUUAUUCUCUUAUGAUACACUCUGUUUUUGGAAUGUUUACUUUCAUUGGAAUCUACUGGUAAUAGAAAUUUAAUUGUUUACACGCGUAGCGUGUACGAUUUAUUGAAUAAAGAUUUAAUAUAUCGAUAA